AUGGAAGAGUUUAGACCCAUCAUUUUGUGCAAUAUAGCAUACAAAAUUAUUUCUAAUUGCCUUGCCAACUGUUUGAGAGGCACAUUGGGGGAGGUGAUUUCAGAAUAUGAAGGUGCUUUUGUUGGCAGUAGAUUGUUCCAGGACAAUGCUAUUGUGUAUGAAAAAAAAUUAUUUGGCAAUAGAUCGAAAGUUUCUUUCAAAUUGGACAUGUCAAAGGCAUAUGAUAAAGUUGAAUGGAAAUUUGUAGAAGCGUUCAUGCUGAAGUCGGGAAUUGAUUUCAAGUGGGUUGAAAAGAUCAUAAGGUGCAUAUCCUUGGUCUCGUUUAGAGUGUUUCUCAAUGUUUUAUCCAAUAUGAUUCUUGAUGCAGAGGAAAAAUGGUUGAUUCAUGGGUUGAGAUUUGGUAAAGAAAAUAUUCAAGUUUUUCACCUAUUCUUUGUGAAUGAUAAUUUAAUCUUAUUGAAGCCAAGAGAGAAGAAUGCAGAGUUCUAA